AUCUGACCACAUCCACACCCAAACUCUCAAAAAUAAUUAUAUAAAUCUAAACCACCAUCCAAAUUUCCCUCUUAAUAUUAGAAAAUUGCUCCUCAUUUCAUUUCCCACAUAAAAUAAUCCACCAAUACUUCCAUAUAUUGCUUCAAAAUCCCCUUCCAACUAUACAUCUAGCAGCCUCCUAUAAGGAGCCAAAAAAAUAAAUAAAAAAAUAUUCAAAUCCUUCUUUCACCCUUCUAUAAUAAAGUGGAGCCAAAACUACUAAUUUCUGCACAUUCUUUCUGCAGCUUUACAGAAAAACUAUCAAAUCCUCUGCACGCUUGAACAAGAAAAGCAUAUUUUGUUUUUCUUCUAGUGGCUGUGCUUGUUUUUUUUUUCUUUUUAAUAAUGUCUACUAAGGUUGUACACACACUAAGAGAAGAUAAACAAGGGCUGCAGAAGCAGUUAGGAUGCAUGAAUGGGAUUUUUCAGCUCUUUGACCGUCGUUACCUUCUCGGCCUACACCGCCAUGGCUCAAUCCAGAACAGGCUAACCGCAGGGGAAGGUGGUCAAGGUGAAAAGGAGUUCAAGAAUUCACUAGAGAAACCUAAGGAGAAAAACCAAAAGAAAAUGAUAGAAAAGAAUGGUGCCUCAGUUGAAUCAUCAAGAAACUCAUUUUCUUCUUCUUGUUCAUCUACCACCUUCUCAUCUUUCGAAGGUAGUAGGCGAGUCCAAAACGAUUGGCAACUUCCCUCCGAACCCACAUCCCCAACCUUGCACAAAAAACAACCAGAUCGGUCCUUACCACCAACUGAUAUCCGAGAUGUGGUCAAGGAGUCCAUGACUAGAGAGAUCCGGAUGACAAAACAUGAGCGCGCGCCCCCUGCCAUGAAGCACAUUGAUUCCCCGAGGCCUUUCAUACACCAAAAAUCCAUUCAAUAUGACAGAAAAGACCGAAACCUUGCAAAGAAUCAGAAGAGUUCAUCCGCAGUAAAAGAAGUCAAGGAGAUAUCAAGGUUCUCUUGUGAUGAAAGGGAAUCACAGUAUUCUUUGAAGUCAACUUUCAAAGUCAAAGAGCCUCCAAGGCUAUCAUUAGAUAGUAAGCAAAACUCACACUCGAAUUUCAUGAACGGGCCAGGAAGCGAGCCAGGAAGUAAUAAAAGACCGUCAUCAGGUGUCGUGGCUCGGUUAAUGGGUCUGGAUAGUUUAACAGACUCUGUUUGUGAAGUUGAAUCUUUAAAGAUUAAACAGAAUGUGAGUGACCAACCGCUUUCAAAUUCUCCAAGAGUGCACUCAAGGAUUAGACCAGCUUUGCAGCAGUAUGAAGGCAGUUAUCGGGCCAAAAAACCUUCUGUUUAUGGCGAGAUGGAGAAAAUGUUGAAUGAGCUCAAGUUUAGCACAUCAGGGAAAGACCUCAGAGCACUUAAACAGAUACUUGAAGCAAUCCAAAUGACCAAAACAGGGGUGAAGAACCAAGAGCAGUCUCUGGAGAUACAGAAGCCCGAUCAACCAUGUUCACCAUCGGUCAAGGGGACUAGCUCACCAAAGAGACGUGAACUCGUGAACCGGGCCAUGAAACCGGCCAAGAUGGCUACUGAACUUAAGAUGAUGACAGGUCAUCAUGAUGUUAACCACACGGAUCGAAAGCAGGUAAAUGGUAGAACUCCAAAGAACAUGAAGGAAACUGAUAGGACGACGAGCCCAAGACUGCAAAAGCCAAAGAAUGACGUUGACAAGCAAUGUUUUAACGGGCCAUCAUCCAAUUUGAAGACCAAACACCCAAGAAUCAAGCCCAUUAAUCCAAUGCAAAACAAUGGGCAAUCAUUUAGGUGUAAUAAUGAUAGUGAUAAAGUUUCCUUCAAAUCAAAAGGCAAAACUAAUCUGGCUUCUCAAAGUAAACUGGAAGUCCCAAGAAAUGAUCAGCCAAAGAAAAAUCAAAGGAAUAAUUUUGCUGAAAGAUUGAUAGAAGACAUCCCAAUGGUUAAACUUGCCAAACUUUCUGUGGAACAACCGAGUCCUGACUCAGUUCUUGAUGCAUUUUUCAUAGAAGACACACCAUCUCCAAUAAAGAAUAAACCAAAUGAGAAUUUACGCGAUGAUCAAACCGAAUGGAUGAACAAUACAGAGGCAGAGGCAGAGCAUGUAAAACUAGAAAACAAAGCUUGUGCCAUUCAAAAAACUGAAUCGUCAAAGCUAAUGGAUGAAACACUAGUAUAUCCAUGCAAAACCACAAAUGAAGAUCACAGAUACAUCAGAGAGAUAUUAUCGGCCUCGGGUUUUCUAAAAGAUCUAGACUCUGCCAUCAGGCAAGUUCAACUUCAUCCAACUUGCAGCUUGAUUAAACCAGACUUGUUCCACCUUCUGGAGAACCCAAGAUCAAACUCAAAUGAGAAAAUCAGAAGAAAAAUGAUAUUUGAUUCUGUAAAUGAAAUUCUCUUCCACAAACUAGUCAGUUUGGAUGGAAAAAGAUGUGGGAAAUUUAUGAAUGGAGAGAAACUAUUAGAAGAGUUGUGGUCAGAAAUAGAUACUCUUCAAAAGGGCUUCAGAAGAUGCACAUACAAUGAGGAUGAUGAUGAUGAAGUGAUAAACAUUGUAAGUGCAGAUUUGAAUAAAAAAUCUGAAGACUGGGGAAAGUGUUGUUAUGAGGUUCAAGGGGUAGUGUUAGACAUAGAGCGUCUUAUUUUCAAAGAUUUGAUAGAUGAGGUGAUCAAUGUUGAGGUAGCAAGUCUGCAACAUCGGCAAAGACAUUGUAGGAGAUUGUUUUCCAUAUAGAACAUUGAAUGAAUGUAUCCACUGAUAUAAAAUUGUAACAUAUGUUAGUUUAACUACUUUGUGUAAACAAUAAUUUGAUUUAUGGUAAGAGGUUCAUUAUUAAA